AAUACAUCAUUUAACCCCUAAACUUUACUCUUUUAUUCUAUGAAACCUCUAAACUAAUUUUUUGUUGUGUUGGACCUCUUAACUUUUAAUUUUGUUCUAUUUAACCCCUGACCCUGACAUUUUUAACCUGUCUAACCCUUAUUUGUACACCGUGGCAAAUCGCGUGAGACCAAACGAUUUUGAGCAAGUGAAGGCCUUUUUUUGUGCUGACAUGGAAAACUUUUUCAUUUUUUUAUUUUUAAUUGUUAUUAUACAUAUUCUGAAACAAAAUGCCCAACAUUUUUUCUGAAAUCAAUUUCGACCUAAUCCCUAAUUUUUAUUUCUUCAUUCAUCUCUAAAAAUUUUCACUUCUGGAGGCUCCGUCUGAAACUCUCAACUUCUUGUCUAACAUGGAGGCUCCGUCCGAAACUCAGUUUCCACUAUGCCGUUGUCGCAAAGUUGCAAGCUUGAAGACAGCUUGGACAAAUGCAAAUCCAGGGAGGCGUUUUCUAGGUUGUGGUCGAUACGGGAUGACUGGAGCUUGCAAAUUUUUUGCUUGGGUUGAUGAUCCUGCUGAUGACCAAUAUAGAAAAGUUAUUCUGGGGCUGCUAAGAAGGGUUAAAGAGUAUGAAAUGGAGGCAAAUAAAGCAAAGGAGAAGAAGCAUUUGAAGAAGAAGACUCUGUUUGUUUUUAUUCUGGGAUUGUUCAUUGUCUUUGUGGGAUUUAUGAAGUAGUUGAUGUAUUUGAGUUAGGGUGUAGUUUGGCAUGUGAGUAAUGUGUAUUUAACUGUAAUGUGUCAAUAUUUUGAAGGAUCAAUGAAGUGCAAUUUGAUUA